GGCAGAAGUGCUGGGGCUUGUGUCAGUGACGUGGGAGCGAGUGGUGGAGGUGUGCAGGCAAGAAUGACAGCAGGUCUGAUUGAGUAGACAGCAAAUAUACUUGCGACAUAUACUGGCAAUUCAAGUUGAUGAGAAGAGACAGAUUGUUAAGAAGCAAGUGAAACUUUGGGGGCUGACUGCAGCUGGAAAAUGGGUGAGUCCAGUAUCUGCCAGGUGAGGGCGACAGUCAUGCUGUAUGACAACACCAACAAGCGAUGGGUGCCCGCAGGAUCUGACACUCAGCCGUCCUUAAGCCGUGUCCAGAUCUAUCACAACCCCGCGGCCAACACCUUCAGAGUGGUGGGCCGCAAAGUGCAGGCCGACCAGCAGGUGGUGAUCAACUGUCCUAUUAUCAAAGGGAUGAAGUACAAUCAGGCCACACCAAACUUCCACCAGUGGCGGGAUCCCAAGCAGGUGUGGGGGCUGAACUUUGGCAGUAAAGAGGAUGCUGCUCUCUUUGCCAACUCCAUGACGCAUGCAUUGGAGGCUCUCAGCGCACCAGCAGGCACAGGUCCAGCUCACAAUGAACCCUCUGCACAGGAGCUGGAAAACCAGAGAAGACUAGAGCGUCAGAAGCAGGAACAGCAGGAGAGGGAACGCCUGGAGAGAGAGAGGCAGGCCUCCGCUACUCCACCUGCCCCUCCAGCUCCUCCUGCCCCACCAGGCGCCCCUCCAGCACCCCCACCACCUCCAGGCCCGCCACCUUCCUCAGGACCAUGCCCACCUGCACCUCCACCACCUCCUCCUGCUGGGGGCCUUGUCCCACCUGCACCACCCCCACCCCCUGCUGGAGGGAGUGGACGUAGUGGAGGAGAUGGAGGUGGAGGUGGAGGGGGGAGUGAUCUGGCUGCAGCUCUGGCUGGAGCCAAACUGCGUAAAACAGUCAAGGAUGAAGACGCCCUCAAACCAGCACCCUCAUCUGGUGGAGGUGGAGGUGGAGGUGGAGGAGGGAAUCUAAUGGGAGAAAUGAGUGCUAUCCUUGCUAGGAGGAGGAAAGCUGCUGAUAACCCUGCUGCAAAAAAGGUAGAACCUCGCAAUGAGGAUUCCGACUCCUCAGUAUCAAAAGUCUCAGGACCAGGAGGAUGAAGGUGGUGAAAAAGAACUCCGAGGCUGCAGGAGGAGAAAUUGAUAUGGAGCGAUUUAAACAGGAAAUCAUUGAAGAAGUGAAAAAAGAACUUCAUAAAGUGAAGGACGAGAUAAUCAAAGCACUGAUCCAGGAGCAGAUAAGUGCGCAGCCAGUGGGUGAAGAUUCCUGAAAGACUGAAGAAUGAGAGAGAAUAAUGAAUAGAUGUGAAUGUUUUAUCAUGCAAUGCUCAGGAAAUGUACACAUUUGUCUCUGAUAGAAAUAGUUUUAUUUUUACAAAGUCCAGCAUAUGUCUGGAAUUUCUGUGCUACAGUUUCUUAUGACACAGUACAGUAUUAUGCAACAGCUACCCAUGAUCCUUUCUCUUUUUGCAUGUGAGAGGAUACCCAUUGUAUCCAACACUGCAGUUUGCCUUUAACAGAUUAAUGUUCCUCCCUACAGUCAUGCUUCCCUUGUGGCAUGGUUUGCAUAACAACAUAAAUACACAAUACAAAAAACAAUAACAUGAGAUAAUAAAUGCUACCAUGCAGGA